AUGUUUUGUUUUUUUAAAACUAAAUUAUAUCGAUUUUGUCUUGCAGCAACCGUUGAUUGUACUUUUGCUGUAUGUACAAUGGAUCUUAAGAUCUGUCCAGAUGGUACACCUGCGCCAAUUCCUGUUGAUGAAUGUUGUCCAAGCUUGAAAGCUUGUGCUAUAAAUGGUGACGCUCGAAGCAAUCCAUUGGGUUCACUUGGUUCCAUUCUAUCCGGUAGCAAUCUUUUACAAUCAUUGACUACAGCUACACAUGGUACAAAUUUAGGUACAGCUAUAUCAAUUUUAAACUUGCUCAAUAAUGUUCAACAAUUAUCAAACGAUAUUCAUCAAAUUCCUCUUUUGAUCAAUCAAACACUUGUUAGUAUUCUCAAUGGAACAGGUCAAGCUGGUCAAAUAAUCGUUGAUCAAUUGAUUGGUGCUGUUAAUAGUGUUAAUCAUCAAACUGCUACUAGCCGAAAUCUUUUGGAUACUCUUGGUUAUAAUGGUAACUUACUAUCAAGUAUUACUCAUAUUAAUGAUAUUCAUCAAAUUCCCACUUUACUCAAUCAAACUUUAACAAGUAUUGUUGGUGGAGCUGGACAAGCUAGUCAAAUUGUUAUUCAACAAGUACUUGGUCUUCUCGGACAACAGACCGCUACAAGUCGAAACCUUUUAGAUGUUCUUGGUCAAAAUGGUAACUUACUAUCAAGUAUCAGUCAUUUAUUACCACAAGGUACAUCGAUUUCAACUGUUCUUUCAAUUCUUAAAUUAUUGAACAAUGUUCAUCAAUUGAGUACAAGCCGUAAUCUUUUGAAUACUCUUGGUGCAAAUACUAAUUUAAUUUCAACAAUAUCACAUCUUUUACCACAAGGUACAUCAAUUUCAACUAUUGUUUCAUUAUUAAAUUUGUUGAACAAUGUUAAUGCUAUAAAUAAUGAUCUUCAUCAAAUUCCUACUGUUCUUCAAGAAACAUUACAACAUCUUCUCACUGGUAUUCAAAAUCUUGUACCAUCAGUAGUUCAACUAGUACAAGGAUCAUCAUAA